UGGGCGUUAUCGAUAGGUGGCCAGCCAACACGUGCAUUUUUUGUUUUGUAUUUGUGUUUGGAUUUUAUUUGACCUGACCAGCAGCUUUAUCCCGCGAAAUGAGUGAAGCCGCAACUGAAACAGCCACGCCCAAAACCCCGGCAAAGGCCAAGAAAGCGGCGAAGCCUGAGGCCAGCAUUCCACGUGGUCAACCGAAGUCCAACCGGCCGUGGAAGACGCCCAAACAGAAAUUCAGCAAGAUCAAGAAGACCGUAAACAAGCUGACUUUCGAGAAGAAAGAGGCCCUGCGUGGCGAGUUGCGCUACAUCAAGGAGCGGUCCAAGGAGAUCAAGGACAAGCGCAAGGAGGACGCCGUGCAGAAGCACCAACGCCGCGUGGAGAACGCCGAGAGGCGUCUGGCAAACGAGCGCCGCUCGGAGGUAGUCCAGGUCAUCAAGAAUCCCGCCAAGCUAAAGCGCAUGAAGAAGAAGCAGAUGCGUAUGAUCCAGAAGCGGGACACCAGCCAGGUGAAGGUGGUCUGAGGGGGUUCCCUAAGUUAACUUGUAUUUUUGCUUAAUAAAUCUAGUUUUAAUGCCAAGGAAACGUUCAUUAACAAACAUA